AAGUUAAACUAAAUUAGUUUUGGAUAAGAUGCCCUAACCAUGGGUUGAAGGGUGAUGCAGAGAUGGAGAAUGUAAGAAGAAAUGCAGAAGCUCUUGUGGAGAAGAUGAUGAAAGGGAAUGAUGCUUCCCAUGACGCAGCUCAUGUUUGGAGAGUUCGUGAUCUUGCUCUAUCACUUGCCGAAGAGGAAGGCCUAUCUUCCGAUCCUCACUCCAUGCAAAUCGUUGAGCUUGCUGCACUGCUCCAUGACAUAGCUGACUACAAAUACCUUAGGGACCCAUCUGAGGAAAAAAUUGUUGAGAAUUUUCUUGACCAAGAGGGAGUCGAGGAGGACAAGAAAUUAACAAUUUUGAGGAUCAUCAGAGAAAUGGGUUUCAAGGAAGAGGUGACUGGAAAUGGAAGUAGUGAUUGGUUUCCAGAAUUUGGAGUUGUGCAAGAUGCUGAUCGACUUGAUGCUAUUGGUGCUAUAGGAAUUGCACGUUGCUUCACUUUUGGCGGGAGUAAGAAGAGGUUGCUGCAUGAUCCCUCCAUUCUGCCACGUUCCGAUUUGUCCAAGGAGCAAUACAUGAACAAAGAGGAACAGACUACUAUUAAUCAUUUUCAUGAGAAGCUUCUCAAGCUCAAAGAUAUGAUGAAAACCAAGGCUGGGAAAAGGAGGGCUGAAAGAAGGCAUAAGUUCAUGGAGGAGUUUGUGAAAGAGUUCUACGAUGAAUGGAAUGGCUUAAACUGAUAAACAUUUUUCAUCUCUUCUUUCCUUGGACUAUAGGGUCAGAGCUUCUUAAAAAAUGAAACUCUGGGAAAUGUUCAAAUGUUGUUAUUAACAAUCCAUGACAUAAUCGUUUCCUCUCUCAGCAUGUCGGGAUCCCCAUGUCUUAGAUUGUCUUGGAUGUUAGACUAUAUAGUGAGCUUGUUUGUUGGUUACAAACAUUGUGAUGGAUUUCAAGUAUGUUUAGAAGGAUAGAACUUGUUUAUUGUGGAGCCCAA